UAAUAUGAGACAACAGAAAAUAUUGUGUAAAAAAUGAUUUAUUAUUAAUGUAUAAGUAUAACUGCAACAACAAAUGAUAACUUAAAACGAUGUAAGCAAACCAAGGAGAAAAACAACCAACAAAAAAAACGAACAAAAAAUAUGAAAAUAACAAAAAAAAAAAACAAGAAAAAUUGAAACCAAAAUAAAUGAAAAAUUAUUGAAAAAUAAACUGUUUUUAGUUUUUUUGCAAACUCUUAGGAAAGAUACUUAAGCUUAGUUAGCUUAAAUAUUUAUUGCUAAUCGAAUUAUGAUAAAUGAAUAGGCUUUUGCAGAAAAAACAAAAGAAUUAGUCCAAUUAAGUUGUCGCUGAUUAUACUAAUUAAUAGAUCAUGUUCCUCUAACAGUUACCUCACGACCCAUCCACGCUCCCAUCGGGCUUUACUUACUCACUUCACGUCACGAGUCAAGUGUAAGGCGUCUUGUUUUAUUGCCAAUAACUUUUGUUUUUGAGGAAGAUUACGCUUGCAGUUAAAACCGUUAUAGGGAAGAAGCACGACUGAUUUUAAAUGGCUAAUUGUUUGUUUAAUUUGUUUAAAAAACUAAAAGAUUUCAUAAAGAAAGUUAACAUUUUACUAAGAAUUAUUUAGUGGAUUUAUAUGCAAAACGUUUCAUUAGGUUUUUCUAUCUUGAUUACUUUUCACACACUCAACUAAAUUUGAGAUUCCAUCUGAAAGCUUUAGUUUGUGUAAGCUGCCCUUAUUAACUUGUCUACCCUAAAUAAUUCAUCUUUAUUUCAUUACAUUGUUCAAUAAUAUUCCUUUUAUCAUAUAUUCCAAGUUUUUGAUUCGCCAAUGAAUUUAAAAUGUAUUUCUUAUUAAAUUGGAGUAUUUAUCUGCUAAUUUUCGCUAUAUCAUAAAGUUUUUGCAACCAUGAAAAAGGCUUAACCCAAAAACCGUUAGAAAUGUGCAUUACAUCUUAGCUGGGACACAAACCCCCCACCGAGAGCUUUUGCUUCCGGCCACCUUAAUAGCGACAAAGUAAAAGUCGCGAUCCUACAUCUUGGCUAAGGUCAGGCACCUUUUUAAUGCUGGCCAAAGUGAGCGGAUGCAAUUACUCAAUUGCUCUGGCCUUUGUGCAUUGUCUGAAUAUUAGUGCAUAUGUAUAAAGAGAUCUUUGUGUACAGAGAUGUGUGUGCAUUAUGCUGAGCCCAAGACAAUUAGCGCUAUUGCCAAAUGAAACAGCGGCAGCACUCAGGUUAACGCUCGCGAGCGGGAGAGCGAGCUUUAAGAGCGGUUUCUGUUUCUUACCUGCUUAACCUGCUGCUCACGUCCGGUCUUCGCUAGUGGGAGAAUGGGAAAAGAGCGAUUGGAGCAUUCAGGCAGCGAGCCCGCGAAAGAUAUUCAAGCGAACUACCAAAUCCCCACUCCGUCAGUCUGCGAGGUCGCCUCAAGCGUUCAACACCUGUGCGCAGCUAAUAUAAAAAUCAAAUACUAUCCAACCCAAUCGAAUCGAAUCCAGCCCAACCAGUACUACCAAUUAGCAGGCUCUUAACUGAAUCAAAGUUAAAGAAAAGCAGCUGAACAAAAAAAAAAAAGAAAAAGAAAAAAGUGAAAAGUCAAAAGCGGUAUGCAAGUUCAGAACCCAGCCCAUCCAGAUGAGCCCAACCCACAACCCACUCGAUUGAGAUUCCAGGCGCAGCACAUGCUGCUGGAACAACAGUUUUAGCCAAGAAGAGAGUUGUGUUUCUUUUCGGCCACAAGUGGUCGGUCAGUCAGUGAGAGAAGAGGAGAGGAGAGGUGAUAAGAGGAGAGCUGAGUGUUUGUGUGGACUGUUUUAGCUCGUUCGAGAGAUCUGUGGAAACCCACAAACACAUCAAAUCAAAACAAAACAAACAAAAGGCGGCAGCGAACAACAUGAAUCAAACGCAAGUGAAUAAUUUUCUCAAAUGCUUCCUGCAAAUCGAUGAGCCCGCUAGCCGUUGGACAUCACGUCACGAGGGGGAGGAGCACGAUGAUCACGACCACGAUGAUGAUGAUGAUGACGAGGAGGAUGCAAGUGGCGUGCUAGUCGCCAAGGUCACAGCCAUGGUGGUGUUAUUCUGCGCCAGCGCCAUUUGCGGCUCCAUUCCCUUCCUGCUGAACCGUUGCUACCGCUGGACAGAGAACCAGACCAAUGCUCGUUCUGCGAUUGUGGUCAAGUGUCUGCUGUACUUCGGAGGCGGUGUUCUGCUGGCAACCACAUUUCUGCAUCUACUGCCAGAAGUUCAGGAAGUCGUCGAGGAACUGCAGGAGUGUGGCAUUAUUGGGGAGCUCACCUUCCCACUGGCUGAACUUCUCAUGUGCUGUGGAUUCUUCCUAAUGUACUUUAUCGAAGAGGCUAUGCACACGUAUGUCCACCAUCACCAGAAGGAUGAGGCAGGGGCGGCCUUCGAGAGGGGGCACAGCAUCCGAAACAGCCACCUUAUGAAACCCACCGACGGCACCACAGCACCCUCUGCCCCGCCACCGCCUUCGAAUGGCACCAGUGAACUCGGAACUCUUUCAGUCCAGAAUCUCCUGCAGAGUGAUCUGGAGCAGCAAAAGUUCGCCUCCAAGCCACAGAAUCAGGCAAAUGGACAUGGUCACAGUCAUGGACAUGGACAUAGUCAUGGCCAUGGACAUAGCCACCUACCUGUGAUCCCAGAAGAUGCCACCCCCGGGGACAUGCUGACUUCUUCUCUACGAGGGCUUUUCAUUGUUUCCGCCCUGUCCCUGCACGAACUCUUCGAGGGAAUGGCCAUUGGCUUGGAGAGCUCCGCCAGCUCAGUGUGGUUCAUGUUCGGCGCCGUUUCUGCCCACAAACUGGUUUUGGCCUUCUGUGUGGGUGUCGAGCUGAUUGUGGCCCGCACUCGGAUGACUCUGGCCGUUCUCUAUGUACUGACCUUCGCUGUGGUUAGUCCUCUGGGCAUUGGCAUCGGAAUCCUGAUUAACCAUGGCCAGGAGACAACCGGACCGAGUCUGGUUUCAGCCAUCUUACAAGGAUUCGCUUGCGGCACACUCAUUUAUGUGGUUUUCUUUGAGAUCCUCUCCAAGAAUCGAUCCGGUCUGCGGGCCUAUUUGGCCCUCUUCGUUGGCUUCCUUGUGAUGUUCGGACUGCAGCAAUUGACUUCCAGUGGGGGACAUGGUCAUAGUCAUAGUCACAGCAGCUGCUCGUCGUCUGGACACACACACGAUCAUCAAGAGACUGAGACUGAGACCAGGUUGGGCUCGGGCCCCGCCCACGAUCAUGAGCACGACCACGAUCACCCACCACACCACAACCAUGCCGAGGAGCUGGCUACGGUUCACAACUAUGAGCAACAGCUCCAGCUUCUGCGGCAGGUGACCCAAAAACUGCUAGAAGCACACCCCAAGAAGGACGCCUAGAUUUUAAACUGCCCAGCAGUAUUUUGAUCUAAUUAUUAUAUAUAUAUACCUAUUUAUGUAGAAAUAAACUGUAAAAAUAGUGAAAGUAAA